AUCAGAGCUACGUGCACAUUGCCUUUUGUUCUCGCGCCCCCGGCGGCCAGCCGACGGGCCAGCAGCAGCACAGAGACUUCUUUCACCGGCACCGUUUGUUCUUCACCACUGGUCCGUACUGUACGCCCGGCAGGGUACGUCCCCCUCCUUCAGCUGGGCGGAAACGCUGCUGCGCCGCUGCAACCAACAUUAGGAGAGACUAGACGAGUGAACCCGAAAUGACUCGGCCGGAUGGGAGGCUUUGCGUACGUAUUUACGCACACUGGAUCUUCCAAUCAUGAGUCAGAGAGAAGUGGAGGCUUUGAAACGUGCCGGUGAAGUCGUACCAGUUGUAACAAUAAAACACAGAUAAAAGGGAGGACCAAACAAUUAAUAUAAAAAGAGGGCAGGAGAAGAAUGGUUUGUUGGAUACACGGGGCUGGCACACAUCACACAUAACGAGUAUUUACACAGGUUGUCUUCAGAACAGGACUGACAGGCAGCUCAGUCUGAGAGUGGUUCUCGUCAAAAGCUCUUUGAAUAUCUGAUCAAUCUUCUUUCGUGCAGCAAAGAUGGAGCGGAUGGAGGAUGAUAAGCCCAAGAAGAAGGUGACACCUUACCUGCUCUACUGUGUUUCAACUGCAGUCAUCGGAUCACUGCAGUUCGGCUACAACACAGGGGUCAUCAAUGCACCAGAGCAGAAACUGCGCAGGUUUUUCCAGAAUGUGUCCACGGAGCGGUAUGGGGAGCCUUUCAGCAGUGACACUAACACCAUGGUUUGGAGUUUUGCUGUUGCCAUCUUUAGUGUAGGAGGGAUGAUCGGGUCCUUUUCUGUCGGAGCAGUUGUCAACAAAUUUGGCAGGCGUAAGUCCAUGCUGCUGGCUAACAUCCUGGCUGUCCUCGGCGGGGGUCUGAUGGGACUGUCGUCUGUGACACGAUCUUAUGAGGUUGUCAUUAUCGGCCGGUUGAUCAUUGGUGUGUUCUGCGGUCUGUGCACUGGUCUGACCCCCAUGUACGUGGGAGAGAUCAGUCCCACUGCAGUAAGAGGAGCCUUCGGCACGCUGCACCAGCUUGGUGUGGUUAUUGGCAUCUUAGUGGCGCAGAUCUUCGGUCUAGAGUCUCUGCUCGGCUCAGACACUCUGUGGCCCCUGCUGUUGGCUCUGACUAUCCUGCCCGCCGUACUGCAGACCAUCAUGCUUCCCUUCUGCCCUGAAAGCCCCAGAUAUCUGCUCAUUGUUCUCAACCAGGAGGAAGAGGCAAGAAAAGCACUGGUGCGUCUUCGAGGUCAUGAAGACGUGAACGAUGACAUUCAGGAGAUGAAAGAGGAAGGGAUGAAGAUGGCCAUGGAAAAGAAAGUGACCAUUCUCGAACUCUUCCGCUCUCCAAACUACCGUCAGCCCAUAAUUAUCGCCAUCAUCCUGCAGCUCUCCCAGCAGCUGUCUGGCAUCAAUGCUGUCUUUUACUACUCUACUAGUAUAUUUAAGGACGCCGGUGUUACUCAGCCCAUUUACGCCACCAUAGGAGCUGGAGUGGUCAACACUGUGUUUACUGUUGUCUCUCUCUUCUUGGUUGAACGGGCUGGACGAAGGACGUUGCACCUGAUUGGCCUCGCUGGAAUGGCAGUCUGCGCCCUCCUUAUGACCAUCUCUCUGUCUUUGGUGAAGACCAACGAGUCUCUAAGCUACUUGGCCAUAGUGGCUGUGUUCGGCUUUGUUGCCAGUUUCGAGAUGGGUCCAGGUCCCAUCCCAUGGUUCAUUGUGGCAGAGCUUUUCUCCCAGGGGCCCCGGCCGGCUGCCAUGGCUGUCUCUGGUUUCUCCAACUGGACCGCUAACUUCCUUGUGGGACUAGGUUUCCCUAAACUGGCGGAACUGUGUGGUCCUUAUGUCUUCAUCAUCUUCCUGGUCCUCCUCAUCCUGUUCUUCAUCUUCACAUUCUUGCGAGUGCCUGAGACCAAAGGAAGGACCUUUGAUGACAUUGCCCAGGGAUUUGCUUCCGGUGCAGGAAAACCCGCCACAUCCACGGAUCCCGAGGCUAUGGUGGUCGGCCUGCCAGAGAACAAAGACCUAGCACCCAUGUCGCCUACGGAAAAGGUCCCGAUGGUGGAUGUGCCUCCAGAGAAGUAAAAAGAAAGAUGUUUAGAUCUCUAAGGAAGACUUAGCUUACAAAGCAGAAUGGUUCAAGCAAAUAGAGAUUGUGAGGAGUUAUAUAUCCUAACUCAGAAAUAAUGCAAGAGAUGUGUGGUGUUCUCUAGAAAGAGCCACCUUAGUGCAUUAACACAGACGUAAGGUUUUAGUCGUUUUAAUAUGUGUUUUAAGAGUGCCUUUUUAAAUUAUAUGAUGUGUGUUCUUUAAAUAUGCCCUGUUACAAAAUGCCUAAACAUUUCUCAGAAUUCCCAGUAAUCCUACUUAAAACAUGGGUCAAACUUAACUGAAUUACUGGUGCUUAAUAUUUGUUGACAUUCCCAGGGCCAGCUCUGUGCAUAUUGCCAUAUAAGAGGAUCAACAUAUGUUCAGUGUUAAGUCCCAGGUCCUCAGCUACCCCCCACUGUUUAAAGGUUGCAGGAUUUGGGGGUUUUAUGUAUUGAGGUCAAGCCUGAAAAGCCGGUUUUGGAGCCUCUGUAGGUUGACCCAAAAAAAAAAAAAAAGAAAAAGACUGAUUUCCUGUCCUGUUUGCCUGCUGAUGUGCCUUGCUGCUAAGAGGGAGGGAGUCAUGCUGCCUUAAGUUGGCAGGAUAAACAUGGAGGAGGUGCUGCAGAUUUUAAAAUAAAAAAAACAUGUAAGCAUUUAGAAAACAAGUAAUACCUAUUCUUAUCCUGUAGCACAUUGUCCCUGAGAAAAGAGGACGUUUGUGUUGGAGUGUCUUUGAAUUCAGCAGCAUUUGUGCUGAUAAUAACAAGUAACAACAAGGACAUAGUUUUAAUUAGCUCUGUCUGCAUCAACUACAUUGUUGGUAUUGAGAUUUAGUUGAUUUAGGUCUAGUCAAGCACUGUCCAGCCUUAACAAGGUCUUGUUUUAGGCUUUCUGCUCUGAAAAAACACAACCUAACCUCUUGGGUUUUCUAUUUUAUUACAAGGUACAGACUGAAUGUCAGAAAACAUAACUUUUUAUAGUAGCAUUACCGCACUUGGACACAAAACUCAGGUGGCUACUUGUGUUACACUGUAUAUUUCAUUUCUGACUCUUAAGGUAUAGAAAUGCAUUGAUCCUUCCCUGUACUUGAAACGUUUUGAUGUUAUCCAUACAAAGCAGUAGCUUUCAUUAAAUAUAAUAUCUUACAAAAUAUAAAAAAGUGUUAUAUCAAAUUAAAAAUGCUUGCCAGUAUUUCACAGUUAUUUGAGGGAUAGAUUGACACAUACUGUAUAAGUCUGAUAAUAUUUACUUAACCACAGGUAUGUCAGUCUAAAAGGAUAUUAGCCAUGUGGGAUAACGUUAAAUAACACUAUAUGGAUUGUGUUCGCUUUGAUGGUUAACGCACAAAAAUGCCUCUUCAUAUAUAUAUAUAUAAAUAUAUGUUUCUAAUGAUCUGAAAUCAUGUGUAUAUAUUGUACAAUCUCCACUUACUGCCAUGUGAUCAACUAUUACAGCACAGUUUACAUGCUUAUAAGUAUUAUGCCAGUGUUUUGUACAUCUGUAUCUUCCUCUGGAUGUUCACGUGUUCAUUAGGAAGCACUUUUCCAUGUUCAAGCUUAGUAGUGUCUCAUUUGCACUUUUGCAGUCGGACUACUUCCAAAUGAUUGCUUAUGUUUGUGCCUCUCUGUUGCUUGUAAAUAUACUGUGUGUUCAGGUGUGUGCAUUGUUUUGGCAGUUAUUUGUUUCUCAUUAUCCAUUCUCAUCAAUGUUACAUCCACUGAUUUGUCUUGCACUCCGCAAAUACUGUUACUAUGGUGAAUGUCACAGGAGGCAGAGAAGUGACACAGGCUGAGUGUGAGUGAGUCAGAAAAGCCAUGACCUUUACUGUAUUAUUUUUCUUUUAUAACAUCUUCUGUUCGCCUGCUGUAAUAAUAUGAGUGAUGCUUGCUUUGAGAAACUGAAAAGGAAAUAAAAUGUGCCACCUUUUAAGGGAA